UUCUUUUAACCAAAGGAAAAAAAAAGGGAAAAAAAUAAAAAAAAGCCCACAGCAGCAAGCAUCUAGUGUAAUUGAUCUCAACCGUCCGAUCAUCCAUUUUGCCUUCACCGUUCACCAAUCCCAUCAUACACACAAAUCUCUCUCUUUCUCUCUUUCUUCUGCUGUUUCUCGUUCCUCUCUCUCUGGAUCUCGCCGGCGAGCCGUUCUCUUGGGUGUAACAGUAGCAAAUCAAAGCUAUAUAGCAUCUCAGAAGAAAAAGCUGAAUUAGCUGUUGGAUUCAAUCCGUCUUCGAUCGUAUUAAUCUGUGGAUCGGUGUUUUUACCCCAUAGUCUUAUUUCAUCUGUAAAUGGGCUGCUUCCAUUCCAAGGCAGCAAAAGAAUUCCGAGGACACGAAGACCCUGUUAAGCUUGCCUCUGAGACAGCUUUUAGUGUGAGUGAGGUUGAAGCAUUGUUUGAGCUGUUCAAGAGCAUAAGCAGUUCCGUUGUUGAUGAUGGUUUGAUAAACAAGGAGGAGUUUCAACUUGCCUUGUUCAAGAGCCGGAAGAGGGAGAACAUAUUUGCUAAUAGGAUAUUUGAUAUGUUUGAUGUUAAACGAAAAGGAGUCAUCGAUUUUGGGGACUUUGUAAGAUCACUCAAUGUUUUCCACCCCAAUGCUUCUCUAGAGGACAAAAUAGAUUUUACGUUUAGGCUUUACGACAUGGACUGCACAGGUUACAUUGAACGCCAAGAGGUCAAGCAAAUGUUGAUCGCCCUUCUCUGCGAAUCCGAAAUGAAAUUGGCUGAUGAAACCAUAGAGAUUAUACUCGAUAAGACAUUUGAAGAUGCAGACGUAAACCAAGAUGGAAAGAUUGAUAAAGUAGAGUGGAGUGAUUUCGUAAUUAAAAACCCAUCAUUGCUUAAGAUCAUGACUCUUCCAUAUCUCAGGGAUAUAACGACAACGUUUCCGAGUUUUGUCUUCAAUUCAGAAGUCGAUGAGAUUGCCACUUGAAGGAUCAAUCUGGUUUAAACCGAAGCGUACAAGUUGGAAAGCCUGAUGGGUGUGUCAUCAACAACAUGUGUUUGUAGACAGUAGUAGUAGUAGAGCAUAUUUUUCUUGAAAUUGUUUCUUUUACCUGGAAUUUUAUCAUUCUGGGUUCCUUUUUUAUUCUUCUCAGAUACAGUUUUGAAAUCCUUAGUUUUUUGCUUUUAAAGAAAAGAAAAUGAGCGUUAAUUACCAUUCCUUUUUACUUCAUAUACAUAGUUAGGAAAUUGUUAAUGAGUCUGUACAUAACACAUUCAUACAUUUGUUGUUUCUUACUCUAUUGAUUUUUGUAAAGUAAAAGAUUAAAGAGA